AUGGCGGCGGGCGACGAGGAGAAGGAGGCAUUUGUCGGUGCUGCUGUGCCUGCUGAAACAAGCGCCGAAAAUUCGAUCUCGGAGCACUCAGAAAUGCCCUCCUUUUUCUGUAAAGUUAUCGCCUCUCCAGAUGUAGAUACUCCGCGGAGUCUCUCCGCACUCGACGACCUGCUAGCUGCGAAACCCGACAGAGCCGCGUUGUUGGCGCAUCUGUGUCGGCACGCGCAGCAGAAGGCCGUCCUCUCUCACCAGGCGCCGCACGCGGUCUACGGCGCGGGCCUUCUGUCGAACUCGCUGCCUCACCAGCGGCGCUUCUUCGCGGUGCAUCAGCCGCUGCCGCCUCUCACGCUUCUCCCCGAGCCUUACCGGUACCAGACGUUCACGUUGAACCGACUGCUGGAGGCUGACUCCUCCCUGUCGCUCCCGGCCGACGGCGCGCUCCGCGCCUCCUCGAACGCCUUCUUCGCCGACUUGCUCGCCCCCUCGUCUGCCAAAGGCUCUUCGAGUGAAGCGAAGAAAGCUGCAGGGUCCCUCGCGGCGUUUCUGCUCUCUGGGCCGCCCGCGCCGGCGGUCUUCCUGCACCGCUUUCGGCAAGUCGACCGCACGCUCGCCUCGCGCGCGCUCCCGGCGCCCCCCGGCGACAACCACAAGGCGGUGUCUGCCGCCGCCUCGCUGCCGUCAUCCGCGUCCUCCUCCGUCUCCGCGCUCAGUCAACCCCCGUCGACGACCGCGAACGCCGUGGCGCCGGCCUUCGCCUACUUCGGCGGCGGCGCCCGCAUCCUGCCGCGCGGCGCGUGCGCCGUGGUCGCGCCUGGCGCGGUCGCCGGCGCCGCCUUUCCGCAGGCGCCCUUCGCGCACGCGCCGCCGAGCGGCCUCGGGGGUCUGCAUCCGCUGGCGCUCGGCGAAGAUGGGGCGAGGGCGUUCGCCGCCGCCGCGGUCGCCCGCCCCGGCUCGAGGGUCGGGAGUGCAUGCAGCAGCCAAGUCAGCUCCGCCUCGCGGCAGAAGCGGCCGAUGAGUUACCUCGGCGGCGGAGCGGCGCCGCCCCCCGGCGCGCGGCACGGCCUCGUCGGAGAGGACGAGGAGAGGAAGAAGAAGCGCAAGGAGGAAAAAAAAGCGAGAAAAGAGAAGAAGAAACGAAAAACUGAGGCCUGA